AUGCAUUCACAGUUUGAGGAAAUUAUUGUGCAAUGUAAUGAAGGUUCAGAUAUCAUGUUCUACAUUGUCCUGGGUUACUUGGGAUUGCUGGCCUCCAUCAGUUUCAUUGUGGCUUUCUUUGCAAGGAAAUUACCAGACACUUUCAAUGAAGCCAAGCUGAUCACCUUCAGCAUGCUUAUCAACAGGAACAUCAAGAAGUUCCCCAACACUACACUAGUCCUGAGAAUUCACGAAAGCAGUUUCAGCGUCAGGCAGGCCAGUAAGCACGCUCUAGGCCAUCUCUUCCUGGACCAAGGGAGCCCUAUCAACUUCAACUGUGCUGGAAGGAGAAAGACAGACUUCUUGCCUAUCAUUGGAGGCCUCCACUCUCAAAACUCUCUCCAGAUGGCCCACAUUUUGAACAGCUAUAAAUUUCCACAGCUUGGUUAUGGCCACUUUGACCCAAUUCUGAGUGAUAAAGAGCAGUUCCCUUCUUUCUUCAGCAUGGUUCCCAAUGAUAAUCUUCACUACUUUUUGAGAAACACUCGCUUUAAUAAUAGUGCGGGAGAAGAAAUAUUUUUUGACGAGAAGGGGGAUUUUGAUCCAGGGUACGACAUCUUCAACUUGGUCGUCUUUCAGAAUAGAUCUUUCCAGAGAGUCCAUGUCGGAAGGAUGGACUCCAAAACUCCUGAUGGGAAAAUGUUCACCCUCAAUGAAAGUGCCAUCAUGUGGAAUCAAAAAUUUCAGCAGGUACCUCCUAAGGCCAGAUGUGUGGAGAGCUGCCCCCGGGGCUACAGCAGGGUUGUUCAGGAGGGGAAACAAUCUUGUUGCUACAGUUGCAGAAAAUGUCCUGAAGGAAGAAUUUCAGUCCAAACUGAUGCAGAUCAAUGUGAGAGAUGCCCAGAAGAUCAGUAUUCAAAUGCAGAAAGAGAUCAGUGCCUUCCCAAACAUUUCAGCUAUUUAUCUUUUAGUGAACCAUUAGGAAUAAUUCUGACCUCCUUGAUUCUUUUCUUUUCGGCAAUCCUCAUUUUGGUGGCAUUGACGUUCUUUCUUCACUGGGACACCCCCAUUGUCAAAGCCAACAACAGAAACAUCACGUGCGUCCUUGUUUCUUCUCUUCUCCUUUGCUUUCUCUGUUCCUUUUUGUUCAUUGGUUGGCCAGGGAAAAUGACUUGCAUUCUCAGGCAAACAGUCUUUAGUAUCGUUUUCUCAAUCUCAAUUUCCUGUAUCUUGGCCAAAACCAUUACAGUAGUCCUAGCCUUUUUGGCCACCAAGCCAGGAAACACAAUGAGGAAGUGGCUAGGAAAAGGUCUGGAGAGAUCAGCCAUUGUCCUUGGCUCCUUCAUUCAAAUUGUUAUCUGUGUGGUGUGGUUGAUCAUAUCUCCUCCCUUCCCAGAAUUAGAUAAGCAUUCACAGGUUGAGGAAAUUAUUGUGCAAUGUAAUGAAGGUUCAGAUAACAUGUUCUAUAUUGUCCUGGGCUACUUGGGAUUGCUGGCCACCAUCAGUUUCAUUGUGGCUUUCUUUGCAAGGAAAUUACCAGAUACUUUCAAUGAAGCCAAGCUGAUCACCUUCAGCAUGCUUGUGUUUUGCAGCAUUUGGGUGUCCUUCAUCCCAGCCUAUCUGAGCACCAAAGGGAAAUACAUGGUGGCUGUGGAGAUCUUCUCCAUCCUGGCUUCUGCUGCAGGUCUUUUGAGUUGCAUCUUUCUCCCCAAGUGCUACAUCAUAAUCUUGAAACCACAUCUUAAUACAAAACAACAUCUGACCAGAAGAUGA